AUGAAUGUGAAGACCAUUUGUGAACAGUGCGGUGAUAGAGGCGUCUCCGUUGCUUUGAUUUAUUGUGAUAAGUGCCAGAUUGCUGCUAUGCAUCGCUAUUGCAUACCUCAAUUACCGGUAACUUUUGAGGAGGAUGUGAUUUGGUAUUGUGUGGAUUGUGAACGAAAGGUUGGAAAACUGCCUUCUGUGGACAAUCUUAACUCUGUUCUGCCCAAGAAAUAUGAUUCCAGAAAUUUAGAAAUUGUUCGUCGAGCUGAAAUUAGUCCCUACCAUCAUCUUGAGGUGCAUUGCAGUGAAAAUCAUGGAGAAGAUACAGAGCAAAAGUUCAGAAGACAGAGAGAACUGGAUCUUGGCAGUUCUGAUGAAGAGUCUGAAUCAGUGAAAACAAAAAUCUCUGGAACAGCUACUGGUGACUGUCAAAAUUGCCUAGUGCAUGGUUGUGAGUUGCAUUGUAGUGAAGGUGAUAAGAUUAAUGAUAAACUUGAAAGAGAAAUUGGAUUGGAUGGAAGCAGCUCUGACGAAGAGAUUGAAUCAUUCAAAGCUAAAACCUCUCCAUUGGUAACCAAUGACCCUACAAAUAUCCUACAAUACCGUGGCGUUGAGAAUGAUAAAGGGGAUAAUAAUAUCAGGAGACAGAAGUUACUAGUUAGGGAUGGUUUUGAUGAAGAGAUUGAAUCUAAAAGCUCUCUAGUAGCUACUAGUAACUCUUUAAAUAUCCCAACACAGAGUUCUAAAGCCCGUGCUGAGUUGACCACUGAAGUGCAUUGCAAUCAGAAUGAUGAAAAUACUCUGAAGACUGGGAGACAAAAGGGAAAAGAGCAGGGCAGUCCUGAUGAAGAGGCAGAAUCUGCUAAGCAUGAAACCUCUCUAGCAGUUACUACUGUGCCUUCAAAUAUCAAUCACAGUGUUUAUGCCCCUGCACAGCCAAUAUCUGAACCAAUCUGGAAAGGAAGUUUAUGCCUCAGCAAUGAGAAAUAUAGUAUAGUGGCUCAUCUGUCGGCCAUGGCAUCUUCUAGAGUGUUCGAGGAGGCAAAAAGGUUACCAGAGUUGCUCUGCUUGGAAUUACUUCCAAGGUUUGAUGUCUGGCCAAAACAUUUUCAUAAAAGUGGGCCAAGUGAUGACAAUAUUGCUCUUUAUUUGUUUCCAAUGAGUGAUCGGUGA